AUGGAUAACGUAACUGAAAAACUAUUGGAAUGUUUUGGACAUCGAAAGUUUAAAAGUGAGCUUCAAGAGCGAGCAAUUCGAGCUAUUGCUAGAGGUGUCCAUGAUGUAUUUGUUUCAAUGCCUACCGGCUCUGGAAAGUCUUUGUGCUUCCAGUUGCCAGCAAUGCUGCAGGACAACAAGGUUGCUAUUGUAUUUUCACCUUUACUAGCACUUAUUAAAGAUCAAAUUGAUCAUUUAACAAAAUUAAAAAUACAAGCUGAAUCCAUAAACUCCAAAAUGACUUCCAAAGAUAGAGAAAGGGUAAUUAAUGAUUUAAGAAGCUUGAAACCUGAUACAAGAUUCCUCUAUGUUACACCCGAACAAGCUGCUACUGGCACAUUUAAAAGUCUUUUGGAGCAUCUAGUCAAGUAUAAGAAAGUGUCUUAUAUAGUUGUAGAUGAAGCUCACUGCGUCAGUGAAUGGGGGCAUGACUUCAGACCUGAUUAUUUAAAAUUAGGUGACUUAAGGGAAAGUUACAAAAGUAUACCAUGGGUAGCGCUCACUGCAACAGCCAGUGCGGAAGUUGCAAAAGAUAUUCUGUCUAACCUUAAAUUAUUACAACCAGUUGCGCAAUACAAAACACCAAGUUUUCGAAAAAAUCUGUAUUAUGAUGUUGUGUACCAGAACUGUAUUGAGGACGAAGUUGGUGACCUGUGUGAAUUUUUAAAAAAAAGUUUAAAAGAAGAUGAUAAUGUAAAACCAAGAGACAAAAAUGCUGUAAUUGUCUAUUGCAGAACUCGGGAACAAACUGAAGACUUAGCUCACAUGUUAAACAAAAGGGGUCUUAAGUCAUUAGCAUAUCAUGGAGGUCUAAAAUCGUCAGAACGUAUAUUAGUGCAGGAGCGAUGGUCAAGUGGCGAUUGUCCUUGUGUGUGCGCGACUGUAUCCUUUGGAAUGGGCGUCGAUAAAGCCACCGUGCGAGCUGUGGCCCAUUGGGGUCUUGCUCAAAACGUUGCGGCUUAUUACCAGGAAUCUGGGAGAGCUGGUCGUGAUGGUAAACCGGCAUUUUGCCGCAUUUAUUACUGUCGAAAUGAACGCAAUGCCGUUGAUUUUCUUCUUAAAACAGAGAUAGCGCGUGCUCGUACACCUGAACAAAAGCAGCGCUGUAAAAAUGCUUACAAGAGCUUUGAAAUAAUGGUCAGAUACUGCGAAGAAGUUAAAUGUCGGCAUAAGACAUUCGCUGAGUAUUUCGGCGAGGAGACGCCUCGGUGCGCGGGUCGCUGCGACGCUUGCAGCGACGAGCGGGCCGUGCGGCGCGCGCUCGAGCAGCACCAGCGCCGCGCCAUGAGUGCGCGCCUCGAGCGCGACGGCUUCGUGGCGCACGCCGCCGAGCACUCGCACUCGCUGUACGGACACGGCCGCGACGGGCUCAGAGAGAUGGAGUCUUAUUACGCUGAAGAUGGUGAUGAAUCUGACGGUGAAAGUAGUCGCCGCGUAGGCGAAGAAACCAAGGCGCUUAUAAUGAAGGAGUUCGCGGAAAGGAAAAAACGUGUUACCGAAAAUAAUAAAAAAAGCGACAUCGUUACAGCUGUGAACUCAAAAUGUAGAGCUGCUGAAAAUACCAGUACUAAGGUCAACGGAUUAUCAGUUGCAAGUAGGGAAAGUUUUUUAGCACUCUUGAUUGACGCGCUUAAUACAAACUUAGCAAAUAUGAAGAAUGUCGAUGAACCCGAGAAACCACUGAAGCGUAAAGAUGUUGAGCAGUGUGCAAUAGAUCUGGAGUAUGAAGCAUUUUCUAACAGCACCGUUAUAAGUUUGUACAGGCGGGCGAUGACAAAAUUGAUAACAUCAGUAAAAGCAAGCACGGAACACUUGUUUCCUCGAUUAAAAACAUUUGAGCCGCGAAUGGGAGAGACACUUGGUGACUUUGUUCGAGAUUUCGAAGCUAAAAAACAAGCUCAGUAUGGAUUUGUGACUGCAACACAACUAGAAAGUGCAAACAUGGAAGGAAAAAGUGAUGCUAGGCUAAUGUCUAAGUCAGACAAACAGAUUAAAAGAAAAGCAAGUUCAUUCAAACGAGAUCCGUUGACGCAAACUAAACUUAAUUUUUUUACAAAACAAACUUCAAACGAAUCACCGAGAUCGCCGUCAGACGUCAGUGAAGAUGAGACUACUUUAGUUAUAGACGAACAUCCUAAAAGUAGCCAUGAUGAUACAACACUUAAACUUGAAGAUGCAGAUGCUUUGACAAAUUGUGCUGACGAUGAUAUUGAGAAAAAUGUAACAGAAAAUGAAAACAAAUACAACCCGAAAAACUCUACAAAAACCCUUGUUAUAAAUAUAACACUGCAAGGAAUACCCACUAAUAUCACUCGAAACAAGACUGAUUCUAAGUCAGAAAUAGAAAAUACUGAAGCAGAUAUUACUCAAAAAGAAUCCAAAUCACCAGAUAAAAUUAAACCCACAGCUAAAAGAAAAAUUAAAGCCCUAUUCGGUGAAUCUUCAGACAGUGAAGUAGAUAUUGAAAUUGUUGAUAAGUGCAAGUCUAAAUAUAAGGACAAGAACUAUGAAAGCUCAAAAGAGAAAAAGCGUAAAUUGAGCUCUGAUAAAACUAAAAUUGAAAAUACAUCGAACUUUAACGAUGCUGCUCUAUUCGGGGAUUUAUCCAAUAGCGGUUCUGAGAAAGAGCUAGUUAUUGAUGAACAUACUGAAACUCAUAGUGAUACAAAAGUAAUGAUGGAUUGUAGUGAAAAGAAACCAGAACUUGGUAGUAAAAAUGAUCAGUUGAAUUUAGAUAAUCUUGCAAGUUCAAGUGGCGCUGAUGAAGAGGCACUAACAAGAUCUGAUAUAGAACAAACCAAUAGAGAUACUCUUGGUGUGCAUGUCGAGGAAGACACAACCUUUGUCAAAGCGCAUAAGCUUAGUAUUGAAGCAGAUAAAGUGCUAGAAGAAUUGAAACAAUUCUCUGAAAUGCCACCGGAACCCGAAGCUUGUACAAUUGCUACAGAAGCUACGGACACCCAAACUAAUGAGCCGAAUUCACCGCCUAAAACGAAGCAUAAACCAAAGGAUAAAUAUAAGGACAAACAUAAAUUAAAUCGCAAUAAAGAAGUUAAGGUAAAGCAUGCCGUAAAACCGAAACAAGAAGAGGACACAAAAGAAAAGCAUAAAAAAGAUACUCAAAGACACAAAAGUUCGAAACGUGAGAGAGAAACAAAGAAAUCGGAAAAAGUUGACGUUGCUGGACUUGUCGUUAAAUUGCUCAUGCCAUAUUAUAAGAAAAAGAAAAUUAGCAAUAGAGAUUUAUUUAAGAUUACAGCAAGACAUAUUGUGCAUCAAUUAUUGGCUAUACAAAUCACCGAGGAAGCUGCGAUUGAUAUGUUAUUAAAAAAGACUUUUGCUGAGGAAGUAAAAAUUGAAACUGAAAGUGAUCUACCAGUAAAACUUAAUUUAAGUAAAGUGUUGUAG